AUGAGUAGUCCUGCCAAUAUUAAAUGCAGCCCAUUGCCUUUUGUUGUGGCACUUGCCGCCAUGAUGAGUCUCUUCAUCUCCCCCUGCGGAGGUCAAGUGGUCGUCCCUGUCUUUCAGAAGUAUAAUGUGCACAUUGUCAAUGGAUUGAGCCAAAACAAAACCUUGCUUGUUCACUGCAAGUCUAAAGACGAUGAUCUUGGUGUCCAUAACCUUGCGGUGGGGUUGGAAUUUCGGUGGAGUUUUAAGGUGAAUGCUUUUUCCACUACGCUUUUCUGGUGUUACUUGGGCCCGAGUAACGACUCUCAUGCAGCCUUUACAGCCUUUAAGGAUAAAGAAAAAAUUACUGACAGCUGCGACGAUGAUAACAAUUGUUUUUGGAUUGCCAAAGAUGACGGAGUUUACUUAAGGAACAUUCCAGGCAAAAUCGAUGUGAAAAAAUUCACAUGGGAAGCGGGAAGGUUAAAUAUAAAGUAG